AUAUGUCGGAAAACAGGUGAACGGAUUCCACCUGGAAUGACAUGUAUCAUCUUACCGGCUACCAAGGUUACUUUACAUAAAACUGUCUGGGGUCUGCACGAUGGUCUGUGCUCCACGGAGAAAUCUUACGCCUCAGGCACGCCUGGAUAGGAAAAUCUCCGGAUCAACUUUAGGUUGUAGGACUCGACGUAGCUGGCAAGAAGCUUCAAGCACUUAGUUGAUACAAGCUAACCACCAUGCCGCCCCGAAUAAAUAUACCGCCCCUAACGCGAAUUCUGCUCAUUCUCUUGGUACUUCAGUCACUUCUGAGUGCAGCGAUUCGCUAUCGCCAAUGGACUGAGCAUUCCGACAUAGUCAUCCCCUACCUCAACCUGAUCCCUCAACUAUCGCUUAUAUACCCCUGGACCUUCCUGACGACCACCUUCGUUGAGAGCAAUGUAUUUACGUUGACCAUUGCCGGCCUGACCCUCUACCAUGGAGGCAGGUAUCUUGAGAGGGCGUGGUCUUCGAGGGAGUUUGGGAAAUUCCUCCUGGUCACGUCUCUCGUCCCCAACACGCUCUGCUUUGGCAUGAUGAUCUUGUUCUUCACCUUUACAAGGAACGAGCGAUGGACGUUGACGAUCAUCGCCGGCACCAUUCCCCUGCAGAUUUCCUUCCUCGUGGCCUUCAGUCAACUCGUCCCCGCGCACACCGUCACGCUCUUCCGCGGCCUCGUCUCCCUCCGAGUUCCAAGAUUUCCCCUCCUCUAUAUCGGUCUGGUCACCGUGCUCUCCUUGACACCCCUGCUCACGAGUGCAUCGUUCUUCCUCGCCAUAUUCGGCUUCCUGACGAGCUGGACGUAUCUACGCUUUUACAAGACCGUCUUCCCCGACCUCGACGCCUCACAGCCGACAUCGCUGCGCGGCGACGCCAGCGAGACGUUUGCCUUCGCUGAGUUCUUCCCGGCGCCCGCCAAACCGUUGGUGGCCGGUAUCUCUGCGCAAAUAUUCAACGUACUAGUGGCUAUGCGCCUGUGCGUUCCGUUCAGCGCGGCCGACGUCUCGGCUGCCAGAGGCGACAACUUCCUGCAGCGUGGCGUUCCGGGCAGCGCCAGGGCCGAGGCAGAGAGGAGGAGGGCGCUGGCACUGAAGGCCCUUGAUCAGCGCCUCCAUGCCGCUACCGCCAAUGCUGCGACUCGUGCCCAGCAAGCACCGCCGCCCCCGGCUGUUCAGGCCCCUGCUCCGUCUGCGACUGGGCCCACAGUUCAGAACCAGCCUCAAGCGCAGACGCAGGCAGCCAUGACGAGCCAGCCCUCGGGCUUGCUCGGAGAGACGAAUUACAAUCCAGACCACGAUAGCGACAGAGGGGCAGCUUAAAUCAAUAGGUCGGCAGCCCGGGUUUUCUUAGCUGCGUCUGACG